GUUUUCCCACACGCCAUGGUCUACAACUGCUUUGACCGCGGCGGCGGCGGCGGCCAAUGUCGGUCGGCGAGCCCGUGCCCGCCUCUGCUUCCCAGUGGUGUCCAGGGGCCGGAUCCGGAUCUUUUCGGAUCCGAAAGAGUUAGGGUCAGAGUUUUAGGGCUCGGGACAAUUGGAUUUUCUCCUUUCGACCCGAUUUUUAUUAUUAUUAAAAUAUUUGGGGGCAACGCCACGCCUUUGCUCUCCGCCGCGGCGGCGAAUCUUUUCCUCGAUCUCUUCCUCUCCUUCCAGAUUCGAUCUAGCAUCGACGCUUUAGCGGCUUCAUCGUCUCCUUCCUCUCGCCGCCACCCUCCGCAUUCCCGAGGGAAUUUGGCGACGAAGAAAAGGCGACGAUGGAGAGGGAUACCUUGUCUGUCAUCGGCAACAGAAGCCAAGUCACGGGGAGCUUCCUGCAGGUGCAGAGCAUCCUGGACCAGAACAGGCUCCUGAUCAACGAGAUCAACCAGAACCACAACUCCAAAACCCCCGACGACCUCAGCCGCAACGUCGGCCUGAUUCGAGAGCUCAACAACAACAUCCGCCGCGCCGUCGAUCUCUAUGGUGAUCUAUCCGUCUCCUUUGCUGACUCCAUGGGCGGCCACAAGAGGAACACAGCUAUAUAAAGAGUCGAUUCAAUUAGAAAGAGGCAGUAGAGGAUGAGACAGUUUACACUUGCUUGGAUACAAAAAACAGUGUAUAAGCUUGGAGAUGAUAGAUCGAUCACACAGAAACAUAACAGAUGAUUAUUUACUUUCUCAGUUGUGAUCAUGUCGUUCGGAUUGAUGGAUAGUUCUUAAUUUGCCUGUGUUCCAGAAUGUCUGAUUCUUGCAACAAGCAAUCCUUGCUGAACUUAUUGUCUGAGUGAGCAAAAGGAAGUGCAUAUGGUGCAAAAAUGAAGUUCACUAAGAUGCACAUUUAAGCUGGUAAGUUUGGGGCAUACAAGAAUGGAUAUUGAUCACAGAAUGCGCGAAAGAACUGACAGAUUUAGCAAUUGACAUUCUGUAUGAAAUAGUUUCUUCCAAAACAGGUCAAAAAUUCUUCGAUCACUA